UCUCGUUCAAACACUCUCUUCUCAGCUACUAGCUAGGAAACGAUCGAUCACUCUGGUAUUUUCUCUCCCUCAAUCAUCUCUUUGUACUUCAAUUCAUAAGCUCCUUAUAUGAUUCUAUACAAAUAUACACAAAACCCUAGAAUAAUACCCCAUACAUAUCGUUGACACAUACAAAAUCUCUCUAAAACCCUACCUAGAUACAUCAAAAUUCAAAACCCUAGAGGCACAUUUUCUUGUACACCGACAAAUGGAGUGGAACCCAGAAACCCUGCAAUUUCUUUCUCAAUGUUUCCUCAACGCACUCUCUCCUCAACCCGAACCCCGCCGCCGUGCCGAGGCGGCGCUGGCUGAAGCCUCCGAUAAACCUAACUACGGUCUUGCCGUCCUCCGUCUUGUAGCUGAGCCCUCCGUCGACGAGCAGAUCCGUCAGUCUGCCGCCGUUAACUUUAAAAACCACCUCAAGUCGCGCUGGGUUUCCAAUGACCCCAAUCUUGCAACCCCAAUUUCCGACCACGAAAAAUCGCAAAUCAGGUCCCUUAUCGUUUCUUUAAUGCUUCAAUCCAGUCCCCGAAUUCAAUCCCAAUUAUCUGAAGCCCUAGCAGUGAUUGGUAAACAUGAUUUUCCUAAAUCUUGGCCCACAUUGCUUCCUGAGCUUGUUUCUAGUCUCAGUACUGUAAGCGAGGCAAAUGACUAUGCUUCUGUUAAUGGGAUUCUUGCUACUGUAAACUCAUUAUUUAAGAAAUUUCGGUAUCAAUUUAAGAGCAAUGACUUGCUUCUUGAUUUGAAAUACUGUCUGGAUAAUUUUGCAAAGCCAUUGUUGGAUAUGUUUAAGCGAACUUCAGGGCUGAUUGAUUCAUGGGCUAGUUUGGGCCAGCCAGUUGAGAAGCUUAGGCAGUAUAUUGAGUCUCAGAGGUUGAGCUGUAGGAUAUUUUAUUCUCUGAAUUUUCAAGACUUGCCUGAGUUUUUUGAGGACCAUAUGAGUGAGUGGAUGAUUGAGUUCAAGAAAUAUUUAGCUGCGAGAUACCAGGCUCUUGAAGAUGGUGGUAGUGAUGGGCUUGCAUUGGUUGAUGAAUUGCGAGCUGCAGUGUGUGAAAAUAUAAAUCACUACAUGGAGAAGGAAGAGGAGUUGUUUCAGGGUUACUUGGGUGGUUUUGUGGAAGCUGUUUGGAGUCUCCUUGUGGUUGCUUCUGCAUCUUCUAGUCGUGAACGACUAACUGUGACAGCCCUCAAAUUCUUGACCACGGUGAGUACUAGUGUUCAUCACACUUUAUUUGCAAGGGAUGACAUUUUACAACAAAUUUGCCAGAGCAUUGUCAUUCCAAAUGUCAUGUUAAGGGAUGAGGAUGAGGAGUUGUUUGAGAUGAAUUAUGUUGAGUUUAUAAGAAGGGAUAUGGAAGGAAGUGAUCUUGAAACGAGGAGGAGGAUUGCUUGUGAACUUCUUAAGGGAAUUGGUACAAAUUAUAAAGAUAAGGUUACUGAAAAGGUUUCCACUCAGAUACAAAAUUGUUUGGCCUUGUUCUCCGAAAAUCCAGCUGUGAACUGGAAACACAAGGACUGUGCUAUCUAUUUGGUUGUUUCACUUGCAACGAAAAAGGCGGGUAGUAGUUCGGUCUCAACUGAUCUUGUAGAUGUUGAGAAUUUUUUUGGGUCAGUUAUUGUACCGGAAUUAAGAAGCCAGGAUGUGAAUGGGUUCCCAAUGUUGAAAGCUGGAGCAUUAAAGUUUUUCACUAUGUUUAGGAGUCAGAUUCCAAAACCCAUCGCAAUGGCUUUAUUUCCUGAUGUGGUUCGCUUCCUCAGUUCGGAAUCAAAUGUGGUUCAUUCUUAUGCUGCCAGUUGCACUGAGAAGCUCUUGUUGGUCAAGGAUGACGGGGCGAGAGCGAGAUAUACAUCAUCUGAUAUCAGUCCAUUUUUGCUGGCUUUGAUGACCAACCUUUUUGGUGCCUUGCAGAAGCCAGAAUCUGAGGAGAAUCAGUAUGUUAUGAAAUGUAUCAUGCGGGUUCUGGGAGUUGCAGAUAUUACUCCUGAGGUUGCUUCUCCUUGCAUCACAGGGCUAACCUCUGUUCUCAUCAAAGUCUGUGAAAACCCAAAAAAUCCCAUCUUCAAUCAUUACCUCUUUGAGGCCGUGGCUGUUCUUGUCAGGAGGGCAUGUGAGAAGAACCCUUCUCUUAUAUCAGCUUUUGAAGCAAGCCUUUUCCCUAGUCUCCAGUUGAUUUUGGCCAAGGAUGUAUCAGAGUUCUUCCCUUAUGCAUUCCAGCUGCUGGCUCAGCUAGUUGAGUUGAAUAGACCCCCUAUUCCGCAGCAUUAUAUGCAGAUAUUUGAGAUUCUAUUGUUGCCUGACUCCUGGAAGAAAUCUGCAAAUGUUCCGGCUCUUGUGCGAUUGCUUCAGUCCUUCCUUCAGAAGGCAGCUCAUGAGCUUAACCAAGAAGGGAGGUUGACCCAUGUGCUUGGAAUAUUCAACAAGCUUGUUUCUUCUCCUAGCACAGAUGAACAAGGAUUUUAUGUUCUCAACACAGUUAUUGAGUACCUUGAAUAUGAUGUGAUUGCACCCUACAUGGGCCACAUUUGGGCUUCCCUGUUUACACGGCUCCAAAAUAACAGAACAGGGAAGUUUAUUAAAUCUCUUGUAAUAUUCAUGUCUUUAGUUCUGAUCAAGCAUGGCUCUCAGAACCUUGUGGAUUCAACGAACACUAUUCAGCCUAAUAUUUUUCUUGUCAUCUUGGAGCAGUUUUGGAUACCUAACCUUAAGCUGAUCACAGGUUCCACUGAACUUAAGUUAACUUCAGUUGCUUCGACUAGACUCAUCUGUGAAUCUCCAGCCCUAUUGAAUCCUGCAGCUAGUAGACUCUGGGGGAAAAUGCUGGACAGCAUUGUUACUCUUCUGUCACAGUCAGAGCAGGAUAGAGUUCAGGAAGAACCCGAAGUACCAGAUUAUGGGGAGGCUGUUGGCUAUAAUGCCACCUUUGUACAUUUGUACAAUGCUGGGAAGAAAGAGGAGGAUCCUCUGAAAGAAAUUGAUGAUCCAACACAAUUUUUGGUUUCUUCAUUGGCAAAUCUCUCUGCUCGUUCCCCUGGGAGGUACCCACAAGUCAUUGCUGAAAAUCUUGAUCCCACAAAUCAAGCAGCACUACUCCAGCUUUGCAGCUCUUAUGGUCUCUCUAUAGUUUGACUAACAAGCUACCCCAAGGUUGUCGAAUGAGAAUGUCAAAGUUGAUAUGGAUUUGUGGCCACAGCUUUGCCGAGUCUGGUCUUGUUCAGCAUGCAUCUGUGAGCAAAUGGUGCUCCAGCAUUGCAGUCGACUGGUUCAGUUGGGUAAUCAUCCAUUUGUGUCGUUUUCAGGAUCUCAUGCAGUCGAGUUGCUUCCAUUGUGGUCAUGGGUGUCCCUUUUAUUGCCUACAUAGUUGGAUGGAAGUCCCACAUUAGAAUAAAUGGGUCCCUAGGGUCACUGUUCAUCUGGAGUCUUCAUCAACGUGCUUUCAUGGCAGAUGUUGCAUGUACACUCUGGCUAAUCGCGUUGUAGCUCAAGCCUUUUCAUUUCUUCUUCUUCUUCUUCAUUGUGUAUACUCCUUCCUUCAUUUUGUGUUGUUGAGGCAGUGAUGUCGGAAAGAAAUACUGUAAUAUUUUUUGAGGAAAUUGGAUUGAGUUGUUGCGAGUUAAUUAUAAAAAUUGAG